AUGCAGAGUGUCUCCGACCAGCUCUUUCUCGAGGAGAGUCUUGGUGAUUAUGGUGACGUUGUUGACGAGGAAAAUGACACAGUAACGUAUAGUAAUCCUGUUAUUGUCAAGGUUAUCGAAGAAAGCGAAGAUGAGGGAUUUCGCACGCUAACCAACUUCGCUCCAAUGGAAUUUAAGAUCGUCUGGAGUGUCAUUGAAACCGAGCUUCAAGCGCGCUGGAACGAUGGCCGGGACCGCAAUUCCAAGACGACGCCAAAGGAUGCGCUUUUUAUAACGCUUGUCAUCAUGAAGUGCUACCAGACUUGGGAGAAGCAUGCACUGGACUUUGACAUCAAGGCACCAACUCUGGAGAAAAUUGUCCUUCGCGUUGUCGAAGUUAUUUCGCCUCUCAUCUACAACUACUUCGUCGUGAUGCCAACCUUGGAGCAGAUCCACGUUAGCGGUCGCCCGUUCGCCAGCUAUCCCUACGCCAAAUAA